UCUCCCUCCAUGAACGUCCAGUUUAUCAACAAUUUAUCUCCUUCUACAGCACCUGGAGAACUUACCCACUCCCACGAGGGAGCCUCUCACGAGCACAGUCAUGGCGGAGAACAUGGACACACCCAUGAGCAUUACAACGAUGCCGGAAAAUACUCGGACCGAGAGAUGCCUGAUUAUUUGUCAAGAAAUUUUGAAGAGCGCGGUUUUACUGUUGGCAUCGGAGGUCCAGUAGGUUCAGGAAAGACGGCUCUGACGUUGGCGCUCUGUCAGAAGCUCAGGAAGGAGUUCAAUUUGGGCACGGUCACAAACGACAUCUUUACGCGUGAAGAUCAGGAAUUCCUCAUCAAGAACAAGGCGCUUCCAGCUUCACGAAUUCUGGCCAUCGAAACUGGUGGAUGUCCCCAUGCAGCCAUUCGUGAAGACAUAAGCGCGAAUAUGGGUGCCCUAGAAACUCUGCAAGCCAAAUAUGGCUGUCAGCUCCUACUCGUGGAGAGCGGUGGUGACAACCUUGCUGCCAACUACUCCAGAGAGCUCGCCGAUUAUAUCAUUUACGUCAUAGACGUAUCUGGAGGUGACAAGAUCCCACGCAAAGGUGGUCCGGGAAUAUCCCAAUCUGAUCUCCUCGUCAUCAACAAGACGGACCUGGCACCGUAUGUCGGUGCAUCCCUGCAAGUCAUGCAGCGCGACUCGAAGCUUAUGCGAGGUGACGGGCCAACUAUAUUUACAAGUAUCAAAGAAGGAUCAGGCGUCGAUGAUGUCGUGAACCUCAUUUUAGCCGCGUGGCGUGCUUCGGGCAGUCCUGGGAAACCUGGCGCAGUAGGAGACGCAGCUUGAAAAAGCAGGUUAUGAAAGAUGUAUUAGUCGCAAGAAGAAAUGGAAAAAAGUCCUGUACGAUUGAAACCGAAAGUAAAUUAAGAAAGUGUAAAUUUUCAACAGACUGGGAACCUGAUGUAUUCAUGCAUUCAGUUUCAAUCACUCAUCCGUUUUGGG